CAUCCAGACUAUAUAGUAAAACUAACCGGCGAGCGACUAGGGUUGAGCGGGCGACAUCCUCUUCUGUUCAGCUGCGGGGGCGCGUUAUUGGCCGCAGUCGCAGAGAUGCCUUCACACAAGACAUUCAUGAUCAAGAAGAAGUUGGCGAAGAAGAUGAGGCAAAAUAGGCCUAUCCCUCACUGGAUCAGGAUGAGGACGGACAACACCAUCAGGUAUAACGCGAAGCGUCGACAUUGGCGCCGGACGAAAUUAGGAUUUUGAGGUCAUUUGGGUUGCCUUUUUCUAUUUCUUAGAUUAGAUUUUCUUUUUUCGCUUCAUCCAUUUUGACGGAGGAGCUUCGGUCUAGUAUGCCGUGAAGAAUCGUUUGAUUUUGCUCUUAUGAUGUAACCGAUUUCUGUUUUGUAAUGGAUGGAUUUGGUUCCCUUUGGUGUUGAGUUUACAUCAUCAUCUGGUUUCA